AGGACUCAGACAGCUGAUGGAGGGACACAGUCUGCAUCAUCAUCAUCAUCAUCAUCAUCAUCAUCAUCAUCAUCAUCCCUGUGUGCUGCAGUCGGUUUCUGCCGGUGGGGGACGCUGUGGGGCUGCCGAGGAGCCGCUGAGCCAGCGGGGAGUCUGGAGGAGGAGGAGGGGGAGGAGGAGGGGGAGGAGGAGUAACCGGACACCGACUCCCUCAGCGGCUCCUGGCCGGUCAGUGCGCAGCGGAGCCCGGCGACAGCAGCACAGAGCAGCGGGGCGACGAGCGGAGUCAGACCGAGGAUCAACAGCUGAAGAACGGCGGAGGCUCCGGUCUCCCGCCGGACUUUUACCGCUUUAACCCGCUUUUAUCUUCUUCUCCCGCCGCUGUGCCGCGCUCUCAGGAGAAAUAACGGAGUUACCGUGAAAGUGGGUGAAGUACCGACACCGGUCCGCCGCCGGCAGCCUGACAGCCGCCAGCAUGAAGAAGAACAAUUCGGGGAAAAGGGGUCCACAGGACUCGGCGUCGCAGAACCUCCAGCCAGAUAAAGUGGGCUGGAUCAGAAAGUUCUGCGGGAAAGGGAUCUUCAGAGAGAUCUGGAAGAACCGGUUUGUGGUUCUGAGAGGAGAUCAGCUGUUCGUCUGUGAGAAAGAGGUGAAGGAGCUGGGUCGGGCUGACGAGGUUCUGGACCUAUCGGACUACGAGCGCUGCGAGGAGAUCCGCAAGAACAAGAGUCGCAGCAAGAAGAACCACAGCAAGUUCAAACUGCAGCGCUGCAGCUCGCCGGGCAACACGGUUCCUAACCUGGUCUUCCUGGCUGUCAGUCCGGAGGAGAAGGAGUCCUGGAUCAAUGUCCUGAACGCUGCCAUCACCAGAGCCAAAAACCGAAUCCUGGAUGAGGUGACAGUAGAAGACUCUCACCUGUCUCACCUGACUCGAGAUCGAGUGAAGAUUCCUCACAACCGCCGGCUGCCGACCAGAGGCCAUCUGCUGGCCGUGGCCUCGACGUCCUCCUCAGACGGGAUGCUGACUCUGGACCUGAUCCAGGAGGAGGACGCUCUGUCUCAGGGAGCCAACAGCUGCAAUGGUUUUAGGGCCGACCUGGACAAGUCCCACCUCAGUCCAGACUGUCCCAGGUCCAAAACUGAUGGUGCUCUUUCUACCAGGGCCGCUGAGGCUUCUGGGAAAUCCCAGAGCCUUCCUCGUGAGGUGGUGGUGGUGUGGGAGAAAACGGGUCCUGGACAAACACCUCAGCCAGGAAGAGGUUUGACGACGGCGGAGAAAAACCGCUGCGCCUCCAUGGACGAGAUCUUGUCACACUCAGAAACUAAAGCUGCUAAGAACAAGAAUACGCCACUGACCCGUUCUCCGGCCUCGACACCGCCCGGUGCCACAACCCCCAUCAGCCAGCUGCAGGAGCUCAUCAGCCAGAAGCUGGAGAAGACAGAGCAGCUGCUGACGGAGGUGCGGGGGGAGGCUGACGGGGAGCACGGGAAGGUGAAGCGGAAGGAGGCGGCUGAAGUGGCGCAAGGCGAAGUGGAGAGACUCCUGAAGGAGGCGGCGGCGGCCUGGAGUCAGGCCCGCGAGGUGCUGGAGGAGGUGAAGGAGCUAAGGGCGCUGUACCGACAACUGGACUCCUCCUCCUCCCCCCUCACCCCCUCCAACAGCACCAAACUAAACCCAGACCACAAGAGCCUGAUGUAGACCGGAGGUCCUGACUCACUGGUACGACCCGGUUCACGGUCUGGUCCCAGACUUCACACGAAGCUGCUGAGAACUUGACAAACCACUUUUAAAUUAUUCGGAAAAAUGCAGGUUUAGAUUUUCAGGAGGAACCAGGACCAGGACCAGUUUAGCUAAAGCCACGCCCCUGUAGGAACCUUCAGCUAAAGCCCCGCCCCUUAUAGGACCCUCAUGUAGCGUCUCUUUCAGUUGCACAAAGGAAACACUUGGUUCCUUCUCAGAAACUCUGACGUCUCUGAUUGGAGGGAUGAAAAUGUGCCAAGGAGAGUCAGAGGAUGAAACCUUUAAAUACUUGAUUGUUUUUGUUCUUUUUCUCUGGAUCCGUUUUAUUUUUCUCAAACAUUCACAGUUUCUCUGUGUUGUUGUGUCUGUAGAGAAGUGUACAGAUGUUUUAUGCAGCUGGACUGAAGGAUCAGAUGACGGUACUGAUGCAGGUUCAUAUGAAGGAGGACUGAUCUGGGUGAGACGGUACACGACGUCACGUUCGUCCAGAAUCAGCUGAUGAUUCCUGGGAUAAAACUGUGGCAGGUCUCUUAUUUUGAAAAGACAUAAAAGAGAUCAGCUGAACUGAUAAGAGUCGGGAGCGGGGAUGCAGUGUGUAUUAGGGAAUAAAUAAAUGUGAUUAAAUAUUCAAACCUUUAGGUUCAGGUACUACCUUUUUCCAGAGCUUUUGACUCUAUCUCAUGGCCUUCUUCUUCCUGCUCAGUUGUGAUUAAUGAGUUGGCUCCAGCUUUGUUUGUGCCUCACCUGGUUGGUGCCUCAACACCUGGUUUCUGGUCUGGGGUUCAGUUUCAGGACCAGAACCAGAACCAGAACCAUCUGGAGGAAGAUCAUGGAGGCCGUCCUCAUCAUCAGUUAGCAUCUCCUGUUAGCAUCUGACAGCAGCACUAUACUUAAAGACACAUGAGGAAGAUUCAGUGAAGAAGACAGUGAGAUAUGGUUGAAAGCUCUGGGAAAAGCUGGUGAGUAAAGGUGUUGUGCAGGUUUGUGAUCAGCAGGAUCCACAGAGACCCUCAGACCCCUCGUCAGGUCGACUGACAGCGUGUGAACCUCCUUUACUCUGUCUGAUCAGGAUCAGAUUCAGAUUCAGAUUCUGGACCAGGAUCUGGAUCAGUUUCAGGAUCUGGAUCAGAUUCAGGAUCUGGAUCAGGAUCUGGAUCUGGAUCAGAUUCAGGAUCUGGAUCUGGAUCUGGAUCUGUCAGUCUGGAGGUGUGACAGUAGGCGGGGUUUGAAGGUCUCUCUCAGACUCUGUUUAAUCACAAACGACGAUGUCAUCAUCAGUGAUCUGAGCUCCGUGGAUGACAUCAUCAUCAGGUCUCCUCUGAACCCGGCCCCUUUGGUCUGUGGGUUUCGUUUGGGUCCAGGUCUGGUUCAGUUGGGGGUCCAGCUGCUCGGGUCCACUCCUGCUCAGAUCCAGUUUGUAAAUACAAACACACACAACAGUUCGUUUACAGCAGGUGACAAUCUGUCGCUGAGCAACAACAUCCAGCAGCACAGAGGCUGGUGAUGUCAGCAGAGUCCGGUUCGCCGGGUCCAUUAACUGCUGAGCUUCGUUCAGGUUUUGGUCUGAGCACAGAGAUCAGACCUGGUUCAGGUACGAGGUUUUGGAGCUGAUGAAUUCCAACAGCUGCUGUUUCCUUCUCAAACCUGCAGAACCAGACCUCCUGGGUCCAGGUCUUCUUUGUGAGUGUGAAGGUUUUGUCAGACACUGAGGUCUGGACUCGGGUCUACCUGAGAACAGGUGACAGCAGGUCCUGAUGAACGAGUGCCACCGCCAUGGUUUCACACACGGAUGAACAUCAUUGAUUAUUGAACCUCCAUCAGGUCUCUGAUCAUGUGUCGCUGUGUUUCCUGUUUCUGGGUGAAUCUGGUUCUGAAGGAUCUGAUCUGAAGUCAGUGAAACCUGAGGAUCAAACUGUUUGUUACAAUCACUGACUUUAAUGAGGAGACUUUUAUUUUUUUAAACCAGACUUUUGUACUGAACUGGUUCCUGUUCUGUGUCGAUGAAGAUACUGAAGGAGACACACACACACACACACACACACACACACACACACAGUAUUUUUGUAACUGAUGUUUUUACGGUGUACAACAGACAUCCUACAGAUGUUCUCAGCCUCUCCAGAUGUUGCUAUGAUGCAGUUUGAAGAAGAAGAGAUUUACCUGUGGUCCAGGUGUUGGACUGUGACUCUUCAUGGUCUUAAAGGAACAGUUCAACAUUGCGUGACUCCCAGUCAGGUGUGAACCCGCCUCAGGUCCAUGUCCAGGUCCAGGAGGCGCGGGCAGUCCACCACAGACCAGCACCUGUAACCACCACAGAGGGAGCACAGGUGUAAGACCCCUAACCCCGCCCCCCACCUCUUAAAUGAAUUCACACAUCAUGUUCCUGUGUAUGAACUCACUUGAAGGUCAUGAAUCACCCAAUCAGAGUAAAGUGUUGUUGCCAUGACAGCAGGGUUCUACCAAUAAUCUAAAGUGAUAAUGACUCAGACUGAGUCAGGUCUGGUUCUUGCUCCAGACCGGCUGUCUCUGUAGAACUGGACCAAAACCACAAAUUUUGAGUUCUUCUUCAACUGUUCCCCCCUGUGUACAGUCUUUAUGCUAAGCUAAGCUAGGCUAAGCUAAGAUAAGCCAACCAUGCCCUGACUCCAGAUGUGAGUCUUUCUCUACAUGUUGAACUGUUCCUUUAAAUCACAGAUAAAGAGUUUCUAUUCCACUGAUCACAGAUCUGUUCUGUGGAUUCUCGUCUUGUUGAUCCCGACCGAUCUGGUCCGGACUUAAAAUGGUGGAUUGCUUCUUUAAAUGUUUUAUUCUCAGUCUUCCUGUUUUUCUGUGGCACUGAACAGCUGCUGUAGCCUUAAACCAGAGUGGAUGCUGGGGGAUGUAGUCCAGUAGUGAUGUGAAGCUGGUGAUCAGUUCAUGUGCUAAAAUAAAACCUGCAAACUGAA